AUGACACGCCAACAGGAAGCGUUUGAUUAUCGACGUCAUACGUUCAGUGUUAUGUCUGCAGAGAGUCGCGCGAGUAUGAGAAGACGAAGUUUUGACUUUACUGCACAAUUUGGUCACACAUAUCCACCUACUUCGUCUUCGCUGCCACUCUCGCACUCAUUAAACGCACAUCAACAUUUAAGAGUUUACGGGAAGAGCACAAGUCCUGCAAAACGUCUCAGUGAGUGUCACGAAAAAGGUGCUCCUUUUGUAGCUCUUGUGGCUCCCCAUUCAGUCACAGUUUGGACACGAGGGAAACCUGUGAUGAUUGAAUGGAAAGUUUUGGAUACCAAGGUCGAGAAACUGUGCAUUGAAUUACUAGAAGAUGGUUUGAAUGCUACGACACUCAUUGCAAAGGAAGCUCCGAAUUCGGGUUUUUUUACAUAUCCGAAAGUACCGUGGGGUAUGGAGUCAGGAUCAAAGUAUUUCCUGCGUAUUUCAGCGUCUGAGGAUCGGGAGCGUUACUGCACAAGCAGCUUCUUCCAGAUCAGUUCUGCCCCAUGA